AUGGCGGCGGCGCCGUCGGGCGGGGCGGCGCGGCGGGUGCAGCUGGUGCUGGGGCACCUCGCCGGUUCCCCCCCGGGGACCAGGACCGGCAUUCGAGCCGCACCCUGCGGAAGCCGGGCCGGGGUCUCGUCGCGGGCCGCCAGCCCCGACGAUGUGGUGGUGGUGCACGGGCGGAGGACCGCCAUCGGCCGCGCCAAGCGCGGCGGCUUCAAGGAUACUACACCCGAUGAACUGCUGUCUGCUGUUAUGACAGCUGUCCUUCAAGAUGUCAGUCUUCGUCCUGAGGUCCUGGGAGACAUCUGUGUGGGAAACGUGCUGCAGCCUGGAGCUGGCGCUUUGAUUGCAAGAGUUGCACAGUUUCUAAGUGGUAUUCCAGAGACGGUGCCAUGCUCGAGUGUGAACCGGCAGUGCUCCUCCGGGCUACAGGCCAUUAUCAAUAUAGCUGGUGGUAUCCGAAAUGGAUCAUAUGACAUUGGCUUGGCCUGUGGCGUGGAAACGAUGUCCCUUAGAAGUGCAAAUAACCCUGGUGAUAUCAGUUCCAGUAUGAUGGAAAACAGCAAAGCUCGAGACUGCCUUAUUCCUAUGGGAAUAACCUCAGAAAAUGUGGCAGAGAAGUUUGGAGUUUCCCGAGAGAAGCAAGAUGCCUUUGCCUUGGCUUCCCAACAAAAAGCAGCAAAAGCUCAGCAGAUGGGACUGUUUAAAACUGAGAUUGUUCCAGUGAAGACCACUGUUCUAGAUGAUCAGGGCAACCAAAAAACAAUCACCGUGCACCAAGAUGAAGGGAUUAGGCCCUCCACGACCCUGGAAGGUUUGGCAAAGCUGAAGCCUGCCUUCAAAGAGGAUGGUAGCACUACAGCAGGUAAUGCCAGCCAAGUCAGUGAUGGAGCAGCUGCUGUUCUCCUGGCAAAACGCUCAAAAGCAGCACAACUGGGACUCCCAGUCCUGGGGGUGCUCAGGUCCUUUGCUGUGGUUGGAGUCCCACCUGAUGUUAUGGGUAUAGGACCAGCCUACGCAAUCCCUGUAGCUGUGGAGAAGGCAGGUCUGACUCUGAGUGACAUUGAUAUAUAUGAAAUUAAUGAAGCCUUUGCAAGCCAGGCUGUGUACUGUGUUGAAAAGCUGGGCAUUCCCAUGCAGAAGGUCAACCCCCUGGGAGGAGCAAUAGCACUGGGGCACCCACUGGGCUGUACUGGUGCUCGUCAAGUUGUCACUUUGCUCAGUGAAUUGAAGCGCAGAGGGAAAAGAGCAUAUGGUGUUGUAUCAAUGUGCAUUGGAACUGGCAUGGGCGCUGCAGCAGUAUUUGAGUACCCAGGGAACUAAACUCCAGUGUACUGACGAAACAACAGGACAGCUAAUUCUCUGCCUUCUCUAGUAACAGGAAAUGAUUUGCACUGUGAAAUCAAGUGGAUUUAGGGAUUCAUGACUAGAUCUACAAAUUUGAGGCACAAAUGGUGAAGUAAAAUAAAUCGUACAGAUCUGCUAAGCAGGUGGGAAAAUGCAAAACUGGCAUUUGCUUCAGAGUUAAAAAGCAUCCUGACAUGAGAAGAGAAAUUAGUUCAGCUGAAGUUCAACUCCAGGCUCUUGUGUGGUGAUGAUGAAUGCAUAUUUCUAAUUUAAUCGAUCCCUUUAUUCUGUGAAUAUUACCAGAGAGUAGUAGUUCAUGGUACAGUAUUUUUGUAUGACAGAUUGUCUAAAAGGGUCGCUCAAAACAAAAACAUCAGUGCACAGGUAAAGGCUUUUCCAGGGUUUUCUUAAAAGAUUUCACCAUCUUGCAAGAAGUCUAGAACAGCUUGUUUUGAAAGCCGUGCAGAGACUUAACAUCAUUUCCUUUACAACUCUGUCUGUCCUAUCCAAGUCAUAAGUUGGCUAUGUCUUAAAUUGUCCCUGUGCUGGAGGAUGUGCUGCAGCUUCCUGAUUUUAACCAAGCUGCUCUCAAGGCUCCAGUGGGGGAAAGUGGAAGAACUAGAAUGUAACAUACACAGGAGGUGCCUGAAUAGAAAGGUUCGGCUGAACUGCUAGAAGCCAGGAGUUUGAAAGUGGCCAUUCCAUCUUUUACAACACAUUUCUAAUUACCAGCUUGUGUGACUCUUAACUUAGAGCACAAGCUUAUGCUCAAUAAUAUUUAAUUACCUAACAUAAAACAGAUUUCAGCAUUACUCUUACUGCAAGCACUUAGGCGAACAUCAGUGACAUCUCUGUACUUCAGUGCUAAUACAAAUGUGUAUUUAUCUUGUGAAGUCUCCCUUACCUGUUCUCUCUCUCAUGAGCAGAAAGAUCACUGAAACUCAGAGCUAACAGUUUGAAAAAGAAACACACUCGUCGUCUUUGACAUGUUAGCAAAGUUUAAUUUUGUAACACAGACUGAAGUUCUUUGUCCUGGCUCUUGUUUUUGCACUUAAUAAUACAAUUGGGGUUUUGCAAUAUAUUUGUUUUCUUUUUAUGAUGAUUAGCUAAUCACGACCUUCAAAUAACAGAGAUAUUUUCAUUCUUGUUCUAUAGCCUGCCUCACUCGGCAAUCACAUGUGCUAUAUUUUAGAGCAAAACCAGUUAAAUUAUAUAGAGGGGGCAGAGGGGCAUUAGCAUCUUCGAGGGUCCUUUCUUUACAGUGAGGGUCCUGUGUAUAAAAUGAGUUCUCAUUGCUAGUACAAGCCUGUUUUAAACUAGGCAGAAGGCAGCUAUUGUACAUCUUUUGUUCUCCUUCAGUGUGGAUUGCAGCCCCCUCCUCCCCACACAUACUGCCUUUAACAAAAACCUUUUAUAUGACGGGAGUGGAAAACUUAACAGGCUCAGAAGUGGGAAUUUCAGUGACCUUUAGCUAAAGUAAUACUAAAAACAUUUCAAGAGAAGUGUGAGUAAAUGGGAACCAUGUGGGGGGAAAGAAUUAAAAGGAGGAAGGGUUCCUCCCUCUGUAGCUGAAGGGGAUGCUCUCAAAACCCAAGCAUGAUGAAACAUGCAGGUUGGUAAUUUUCCAAGGAGUCCAGGGAAAGUUGGCUCUUCCCCUUUUCAUGUAAGGCACUGAGAAAACAGCCUGGGGGAUUCUGACCUAUUCACUAAUUCUUGCCUUUGUUAUGUGUCAAUGUCCAUUUUAAUGUCAAACAAAUAAACAAGGCAAAACAAAAGCUAUUUUUUAAGGUACAAACAGUCUUUAAUUGUCAUUUGAGGCAUACUGUGAUAUGCAGAGGGUUUUGGCCUGUUACCAUAGCUUUGCAAUUUAAAACCAAUUAUUUUGCAGAGCCUGGUUCUGUAGGUAACGGUAAGCUUAUCACAGCAAUAAAAGCAAUAGCACAGAAUGAGAUUAUGACUACUUUAAAAAAAAUUACCAUGAACUUUUUUU